AUGGCUCGCAUAUGUAAUGCCGACAAACCAUAUGUCGACGCCAUAGUCUUCUUCGAUAACCACUUCUUCGUGAUCGUCGACGACAAGUACUACGACUACGAGUUCGUGGCCAACGGGUUCCGGUACCUGAGCGACGGGCCUCAAGUCAAACAACUCAUUGAUUACGACCGCAAGAGAGACACAACCAAUGCACACGACAUAAACAUGAAGAUCAUUGAAAAGGGCCGAUAUUUGGCCGGCUUUUAUCAGCCCUUUUACGACGGCCAGGACUGCAACAAUACAGAAGCCGUCGAUUCCAUACCCUAUUUCAGUGAAGCCCUAAACCCAGUCUCCCGUAAAGUUAAGCGCGUCUCUAAACGCCAGGUCUCCACCGCUACUACCCUUCAGCCCAUACUCACCACAGCGUCCAACACAUCCACAACCCAUGUAUUAGUUGUUAGCACUCAAACCGUUGAAAGUAGUACCGAUGCUUUUACCGCAAGUGGUGAUACAGACAGUGGUACAGACAGUGGGACAGACAGUGGGACAGACAGUGGUACAGAAAGUGAUGACUUAGCAAAAAAUCCGGAAAAACCAUUCGAUCCAACACUUGAUCCAAACGUCGACAUCCAUUCGUGCCUUUAUUACAAGGAAAGGAUGGCUGGCAUUCAAAUGAUACUCUUUCGCGACGACAUCCAAAUGAUAGACUACUAUCACUACCAGACGUGGACUGAAUACGGGCUCACGUGGAGAGAGGAUAUUACGCUAAAUAGCAUAUCCUCUCCCCUAUCAUAUGUGGUCGACGACAGCCCUUCCCAUACACUCCAACGUCGGGAUCAAAUCGGGAAACUGUUGGCCAUCGACGGGCUGUUGAAGAGUCGGCGAAAGCAUUUGCCAAUCGUUCACGACUUCAAAACGCUGACCAUAUUUGUGAUCAUCAAUCAGUGGACACAUCCCACUCAAGGCGUUCAAAAGGCCAGACUUUAUUACAAUAGCUUUAAAUACAGACAAUUCAAUCGGAUGUGGAAAUACGUUGAGCUGAACGACAAGUAUAUUUAUACUGCAUUUCUGGCGCACCCGACCUAUGACUACAGCCCUCUCAUCGAAGACCAGAACUUUGUGUAUUACGCGACGGCCGAGCCGUUGAGGGCCGACACGGACCCGACCCGCGGCCCCACCACUCUCUUCGAGCUCAUCCAUAGGGGACAACCAAAACCCCAACUCAUUAAAAAGCUGGACAUGGAUGUGAUGAAGUUGUUUGGCUGCAACUUCACCACCACAUCCCAUAUCGUCAGUUAUAUAGUGUUUGGCGCUAUAAUACUGAUUCUGGUCUCCCUUUUGGUCGCUAUGUUGUGUUUCGCCCAAACCAGAGGAAGAUUAGGCUCGUCUCACGUCAGGAUCGGACUCCGGAGAGCGAGACUCAGACUUAUAACAUGGGAUCUGAGAGUCAAAAUCCUCGCAUCACUACUCGUAAUAAUGUUAACAAUAGGUUCGCUUUUUACCAUCAUCUUUGGCAUACACCCGGUACUCGGCUCACUCGGACAAAGUUGUCCACCCAUUCAAUCAAUGGGUAACAUGAAUGGAGAGUCUUUAAUGGGUCUGUGGUAUGAAUUGGAAAGAUUCUCCGACGUUUACGAAGCGCUAUUCAAAUGCCAAACCGCUAACUAUACAAUGAUGGCCAACGGGACUAUCGAUAUAUAUCCAGUGGUAUAUCAGGGCUACGGAACGCCUCAAUCAAACAAUCCCAGCAAUGUGUCGGUCGUUUUCCCUAAAUUUCGUGUUAAGCCCAUGAAUGCGGACAUUUUGGUUGUGGCCACAGAUUAUACCUCAUAUGCGGUGAUGUAUUCGUGCUCUGAUUUGUACUUCAAUGUGAAACAAGAAAACGCGUGGAUUUACGGUCGAAACAAAACUAUAUCAUCUAUUAAUAACCAAACAAUGACACAAUUAAUGCAAAAUUUGACUUCAAUGGGAAUCUCGGUAAACAACUUUGACUUAACGAAACAGGACUGUGAUAAUUGAGAUUAUUGUAUUAAAUCCUUAUUAUAAACAUGAUUUAAUUUUGUACAUCAAAAUUUGCACUUUAUGUAAAACCACUAUUUAGUAUUGUAUUUGCUAUGAAAUACACUAUAUUUCUAAU